AGAGAGAGAGAGAGAGAGUGAUUGGGAUCGAAGCCCUGUCGCUACGUUUCAGACGAUGCAACAACAGCCACCGCAGACGACGACUACUACUACUCCGCCAGCUUCGGUAGGGUCCACGGCGGCGGAGGCGCCGCCGAAGCAGGUGGCUUUGGCGAUGGACCGCCUCGGCCAAGCCGGUCGCCUCAUCGCGGACAUUAGGCUCGGCGCCGACCGCCUUCUGGAGGCCCUGUUCGUGGCGGCGCAGCCUCACCAGAGCACCAAGCCGCUCCACUUGUUCCUCAAUGAAGACGCCUCCAUGCGCCAGCACCUCCAAGACCUCCGCUCCAUAGGAAGGCAGCUAGAAGAGUCUGGAGUUCUGAAUGAUUCUCUCCGGUCGCGAAGUAAUUCGUGGGGACUGCACAUGCCGUUGGUUUGUCCCGACGGCGCCGUCGUCGCCUAUGCUUGGAAACGGCAGCUCGCCGGUCAGGCCGGCGCUUCCGCAGUGGACAGGACCAGGUUAGCUCUCAAGGCCUUCACUGAUCAGAAAAGAAGAUUUUUUCCUCACCUUGAUGAUGGAUCGGACAGUCAGAGUGACGAACCAGUUUCAAAGAAACCGUGUGUUUCCCCAUCAUUGACUACACACAAUCAAGAAGAGCUGCUAGAUUGCAAGACACUAUCAGAGGUUUUAAUGAGCUUGGAAAAGAAGGUGCCAAACUUGAAAAUUUUCACCUAUGAACGAUUGGAUUGGUUAAAAAGAGCAUCUUCACUGCCAGCAAAUGAGAGUCCACUGGAAACAGUGAAGGACCAUAGUUUUCAUAGUUCGAGUAAGUUACGAGCAACUCCACUGGCUGAUGUUGCGAUAGAUAAGGUUGCUGUCAUCGAGUUGCUGUUUCCGUCUGUCUUCAGAGCUGUAGUAUCAUUGCAUCCUGCUGGUUCUAUUGACCCAGACGCAGUAGCUUUCUUUUCUCCAGAAGAGGGAGGCAGCUACAUUCAUGCAAGAGGUUUUUCAGUUUAUCAUGUGUUUAAACAUAUCACGGAACAUGCUGGUUUGGCCUUGCAGUACUUUCUUGGAGUUCAAGCUGAAACAGCUCUAUAUUCCCUUUUGCUCUGGAUCUGCAGCUACCAAACUCUAUUUACAAAAGUUUGCAGUAAGUGCGAACGACUGCUAGCUAUGGACCGACAAUCAGCUUUACUGUUGCCUCCGGUUAAUCGUCCUUACCGGCAGUUCUCCACAUCGAAUAUAUCCUCCAGUUUAAAUCUUACCGAGACUUACCAUGUAGGUUGUUUUACGGAGGAAAGGUGAUCUCUACUACUGACAGGUAAUUAUUUUAGUCGGGCAUAUGGGUUGUGCCGGAGGAUGUAGCAUGUCUGGCUGUUUUUAACUAGCUUUGACUUAUAAAAAGACAUCUACAAACCGAGGAUGAUGUCUACUUUUGUUUGCUCCUGUCUAGGGGUCAUCAUGGGCCGGGCUAGGGCCGGCCCUACCCUAAAUUUUAGGGCUUAGGGUCGGGCCGGGCCGGGCCUAGUCAAAGUCAACAAAAUUUAGGGCCGGGUAGGGUCGGGCCAGGGCUUAAAUAUGCUAACCCUUACCCGCCCGAAAAGCCCGAUCCGUUAGGGCCGAAAGGGCCGGGUCGGGCCGGCCCUCAAAUAGGACCAAAUAGGGCCGAAAUGGGCCAAAAAAGGGCCUUAUUUUGUUUAACAAAAAAAAAAACAUUAUUUUUUUCUUCUCAAAAUAUGGCUUAAUGG